AUGGAGAUCUGGGGGAGGGCGCGCGAUGAUGGAGGCGUGCGGGACGAGCGCGCGGGGCUGGGUGUGCUGCUAGGCGUGGUCCCCGCGGCAAGUACCCCGUCCCAGCAGGAGCGGCUGCAGGCCAUCGCGGAGAAGCGGAAGCGGCAGGCAGAGAUCGAGACCCGGCGCCGGCAGCUGGAGGAUGACCGGAGGCAGCUGCAGCACCUCAAGUCCAAGACGCUGCGGGAGCGCUGGCUGCUGGAGGGGACGCCGUCCUCCGCCUCGGAAGGGGACGAGGAGUUCCGCAGGCAGAUGCAGGAGGACCAGCAGAGGGUCCAGCGCCUGGAGGUGUCCAUCUGCAGCCUGGAGAAGGAGCUGGAGGCGCUGGAGAAUGGAGAGGCCCUCCCUGGCUCCAUGAGGGAGAACUCAGCGGCCCCCAGCCCUGCCCGAGCCCUGGCCCCCAGCCCCACCCCGGAGGAGCCCAAGGCCGAGGUGGUGCUGAACUCACAGCAGACCCCGCUGGGCACCCCCAAAGAGCCGAGCGUCUCCCGUACCCCUGUGAGGACAGCCGAAGGCUCGACCAUGAUGAAGGCAGCCAUGUACUCGGUUGAGAUCACGGUGGAGAAGGACAAAGUGACGGGGGAGACCAGGGUGCUGUCCAGUUCCACCCUGCCCCCCCGGGGGCCGCUCCCCCAGGGCAUCAAAGUCUACGAGGACGAGACCAAAGUGGUCCACGCCGUGGAUGGCGCCUGUGAGAAUGCCGUCCAGCCGCUGAGCUCCUCCGAGGUGGACGAACUCAUCCACAAAGCAGACGAGGCGGCGCUGAGCGAGGGGGCUGCGGAGGAGGCCGUGCGGGUGACGCCCACGCGGCGACACAUCGCCGGAGUGCAGGCACAGCCGGGUGAGGCCACAUCAGGCCCGCCGGGCCCACAGCCUGGCCAGGAACCCCCGGUCACCAUGAUCUUUAUGGGAUAUCAGAACGUGGAGGACGAGGCGGAGACCAAGAAGGUGCUGGGCCUGCAAGACGCAGUCACCGCCGAACUGGUGGUGAUCCGAGAUGCUGCCGAGCCGGCCCCACCCAACGGCAGCGCGGCUGAGCCCCCCGCCCAGGCGGGCACCUGCGAGGAGAGCCAGGCGGGACCCGAGACCACCACCAGCGACCCCCAGGACUUGGACGUGAAAAAGCAGCGUUGUAAAUGCUGCUCAGUCAUGUGAGCCGCCUGGCCCGGCCCCUGUCCCUGCCCUGCAUCCAGACACCCACAGUCCGGCCGUGGCCCUCCCGGCGCCCACCCCUCUGCCUGAGGCCAGGGGGCGGCUGCGCCCGUCACCACCCCUGAUGCACACCCCACCACUGAGCCGUGCACCUGCACCCGGCAGGAGACAGGACAGACCCCUCCUUGUGGCAGCUUCACAGAUGUGGCUCAGCCCCCACUGUGGCCACCCACUGGGCCCCCCCCCCCACCUGUGCCUUUGUGCCACCUCUGAUGUCUGUGGGGUGGGGGGACCUGGAGGCGGGGCUCCCCUCCCCAGGCCGGGGCAACUGGGGUGAUGCCUCACCCUAGGCUGAUGUGCCCCCUCACUCUCCCUGGGCCAGACCAGGGCACGUGGGGCUGAGGAUGUGGGCAACGCUGCCCUGGAAGGUCUGGGGUCUGCAGGCCGGCUUCUGGACAUGCCGCCCGCAGACCUUCAGCUGCUGCCUGCACAAGGUGGGCACUGCGGGAGCUCCCACCCCCCACCCCACCCCCGGGGCC